UGGAGACUUGAAACACAUGGAGGAAUGCAGUGCUCGGGGCACAGUAGUAUUUCUGUUUGGUAUUUAGCGAUUUGUGACCCCUGUUGUGUCGUAAUAAUAGUUCAUACCACAAGUAAGGGAAUGGAUACUUUGUCAACUAAUAUGCCUGGCGAGCUAUGAGAAUACGCGAGUCGCAACAGAGCAGUGGAGUUCAAGUGUCUUGUAGUGAGCAGCUCAUGGUAGGGUCGUGUGAUGGUCAUCUGAUGUGAGCAUACGCAGGCCUUCAAAUGUACUUGUAUAGCUUGGAGGCAGACUUGCAGCUGACGCCUCACUUCCAGACAUCCUCGCCGAAGACGUUUCACGUGGUUCAGACUUAGAUUGAACACGUAAUGUCGAUGUUUCAAUUGGUGCCGCAACAUUUUCAGGGCUUGGUGAUGGUCUUCUUUGAGGUGAUAAUGAUUCUUCAUAACUUGGAAGCUUCGUUGCAGCUCGCACUUAUUCAAUCCAACUACUUGGUAUCGAAACUUCAGGAGCACCGCCCAGAUAUACAGUUUGAAACAGUUACCAUGUCAACUCCUGGAGAUAGAGAUUUGAGUCAGUCCAUAGUUAAGAUUGGGGAGUCUGCACUCUGGACACUGGAGCUAGAAAACUCUCUGAAGAGCGGUAGAGUGGACAUGAUCGUCCACUCUUUGAAGGACGUGUCCACAUCUCUGCCUCAUGGCCUCGUGCUUGGCAGUAUACUGGAGAGAGCAAAUCCGCGUGAUGCCAUUGUGAUGAGUCCCCAAAAUCAUGGCCAUACCCUUGCAACUUUGCCAAACGGAAGUGUAAUUGGAACAAGCUCGUUGAGACGUGCGGCCCAGAUCAGGAGAAGUUACCCACAUUUAAAGAUAUAUGAUAUUCGCGGCAACAUAGACGGGCGUAUGCAGAAGCUGGACGAGAGCGGUCAGUAUGAUGGGUUGUGUCUGGCUGCCGCGGCGCUUGAAAGGAUGGGCGCGGAGUACGAGAAGCGAACCUCACAGAUCCUGUCCCCUGAAGAGUGCAUGUACGCUGUGAGUCAGGCCGCACUAGCUGUAGAAUGUCGAGCAAACGACGUAGAUGGACUAAAUCUGCUGGACAACCUUCAUCACAGAGACACGGCGCUCCGAGUUGUGGCAGAGAGGGCCUACCAAAAGAGAUUGAAAGCCGGUUGCAGCGAACCUGUUGGGGCCCAUUCGAUCCUUAAGGAUGGUGUUCUAACACUAAAAGGGGCAGUGUUUACCGCCGACGGCAAGGAGGCCAUCUUUGAUGAGGAGACUAUAAGACUACCGAAUGGAAUCAAGGACGGAACUGAGGAGCAGAGUUCCGACUUGAAGCAGUACUCUUGCAUUGUUACUGGGAGGUGCAACGACCCCCGCCUCUUUCAGGCUGCCGAGAGGUUAGGCACAGAAUUAGCUGACAGGAUGAUUAAAAACGGCGCUGAAGAUAUUCUAAUUACAGUCCGGAAACAGAUCGCGGCCGAAAAUGCAGGCGGGAAAUAGUUGUGACUAUUUAGAAGCUUAGUACACUAUCUGUAGUAGCAUAGAAGUGUACUGUAGAAACUUCUAGAGAAAAGACAACAAACUUGUGUUAGACCCUACUUACAUUGCUAUCGUGUCCAUAGUUUUAGCAGAUGCAUGUGCACGAACUGAUGUUGGACGAUGCUAUUUUAAUGAGAGGGGGGUAAAAGUGAGCCUUGGUUCAAGGUUUUGCAUCAUUGUGUACAGGUUAAAUAGUCCAUCGAGUUCGUAGCCCACGGGCUGGUUAGCGCCUCUCUCUAUGGGAAGUAUGCUCUCGGCAAAUGCAUAUAGAACUUUGAAAUCCACGUCCCGUUUGGGCGGUAACGAAUAGCUACUGAGGAUACGAUAAUAUUACUGGUGAUUGAGUCACAUCACGUAUCUUAAUCCCACACCCCACGGCCUCUGUUCCUAACGACGCUGUUAUGCUUCCAAUGACAUGUGUACAUCUGUCUGGGUGUCUGUCUGCAGCCGUCGGAGGCAUCAUAGCGUCGUUAGGACCAGAGGCCGAUGGGUGUUGGAAAUUGUUUGUGUGUUAGUUUCUAGUUAAAAACCAAGCCUGACCACCCGAUCCCGUUACGACAAGCAUGGGUUAAUUGCUGAAGGCCAAACGUCCCCGACCUACAUCCUGUUGGGCUCUACGCUAACACUGGAAUAGAUCCGCCGUGAUGUCGCCGAAUUACUGCCACUUUUCGGUUGAUUCGUCACAUUCCAAAUGCAUCCAAUCAGAUGAUGUUAAUGUCUGCUGUUCGAUACACCAUACAAUGUCAUGAAGGGUAGAAUAGGAUGGGGUAUUACACGAUUUGAAAUGCCAUAAAGAGUGACUACUGUAGGGCGCGGGGUUUAUUGUGAACAUAUGUACGAUUUGUAUACAACUAGUCCAUGAUGACAAUGCAGAAAUAAAUAUUUCCAUUACAA